CCUCCAGGGGCGAAGAAGGUGACGAACAAGGCGACGCUGUGGUACGUGCCGCUGUCCCUGAAGAACGUGAACAAGGUCGUUGAGGUUCCCCCCAUCCAGUACGUGAGAAAGGAGCAGGAGGACGAAGGGAAGAAGCGUUAUGAGGAGCAGAAGCUGGAUCGGCUGGAAACUAAGCAGAGGAACGGCGACGUGAUCUUCCCCAUCAUCAACCCAGACAGGCAGACAAAAGAGCCACACACUGUUGGCUACAGCCAGUCCAGCCUGAUCCACCUCGUGGGACCAUCGGACUGCACGCUGCUGGGCUUCGUGCAUGGAGGUGUCACCAUGAAGCUCAUGGACGAGGUCGCGCCCCCCCGCCACUGCAAGACCAACAUCGUCACCGCCUCGGUGGAUGCCAUCAACUUCCACGAGAAGAUCAAAAAAGGCAACGUUAUUACCAUCUCGGGCCGCAUGACCUUCACGAGCAAUAAAUCCAUGGAAAUUGAAGUCUUUGUGGAUGCUGACCCGUUUGUGGACGAGCCCCGGGAGCGGUACCGUGCUGUCAGCGCCUUCUUCACCUACGUCUCCCUGAGCAAGGAGGGGAAGCCCCUGCCUGUCCCGCAGCUGCUGACGGAGACGGAGGAUGAGAAGCGGCGCUUCGAGGAAGGCAAGGGCAGGUACCUCCAGACGAAAGCCAAGCGGCAGGCGCAGAUGCAGCAGGCUGCCCAGCAGUGA